CAACUGUCAAACCCAUGAUAACGUUGGUUUCAUUCCCUCGACUUAUAUUCUCCUUGCACAUGUUGCAGAUACAAAAGUUGAACAAGAAAAAGAACACAAUUAAAGAAGAUAAACGUCAUUGAUAAUCAAGAACACAAUUACUGCAAAUGAACCUCAUUGUCAUUUGAUGAGAUAAAUGUGUUAAUGAUUAAUAAGUGAUAAAUGGUACUGAACCGAGACGCAUCAAAAACAGGCUGUGGAUAAUCUUGAUAAAAGUGAUGAUUUUGCCAGAGAAGUUAGCCAAACAGGUGUCUUAAGGGGACAAGUGAGAAUCCCAUGAGUACAUACUGAUUAAAACUGUCAUUAAUAUGAUAUUUGAGCUAGAUAAUUAGGUCUAGGAAAGUAAGCUAAAGGGCCACACGAGAAAACUUUCUGAUGACAAAUGCCGUUAAUUUAAAUUUUGUGAUAGACAUGAUAGACAUGAUAGAUAAUGUUAAAAAUUUGUCUGAAGAGACACAUGAGAACACAUGCUGGAAUAAUGGUACAUGUUUGAAGGUUCAAUUACGUCAGUAAUUAACAAAAAGGCAUGACAACACAAACCCAACAAACACUUCACGUCUGUGAUGUAUGUGGCAAAGGGUUUAGUAAGCAUUAGUAUUUAAAGAGACACAAAAGAAAACAUAACGGCGAUAAACCUCAUGAAUGUGAGGUAUGUGGUAAAGGCUUUAGUCAGUCGGGUAGUUUACAGAGACACAUGAGAACACAUACUGGUGAUAAACCACAUGACUGUGACGUAUGUGUUAAAAAAGUUUAGUCAUCUUACUAAUUUAGAGAUUCACAUGAGAACACAUACCGGUGAUACACGUAAACCUCAUAAAUGUGAUGUAUGUGGUAAAGGGUUUAGUCAAUCGGGUAAAUUAAAGAAUCACAUGAGAACACAUACAGGUGAUAAACCUUAUAACUGUGACGAAUGUGGUAGAGACUUUAGUCGGCUGGAUAGUUUAAAGACUCACAUGAAAACACAUACGGACUCUAAACCUCAUGUUUGUGAUGUAUGUGAUAAAGGGUUUAGACAGCCCGGUAAUUUACAGAGGCACGUGAGAACACAUACAGGUGAAACACCUCAUGAAUGUGAUGUAUGUGGUAAAGGGUUUAGUCAGAUUUGGAAUUUAAAGAAUCACAUUAGAACACACACAGGUGAUACACCUUAUAACUGUGACGAAUGUGGAAAGAGCUUUACUCGGAUGAAUAGUUUAAAGAGUCAUAUGAGAACACAUUCGGACUCUAAACCUCAUGUCUGUGAUGAAUGUGGUAAAGAGUUUAGUCGUCUUGGUAGUUUACAGCUUCACAUGAGAAUACAUACCGGUGAACAACCUCAUGAAUGUAAUGUAUGUGGUAAAGGGUUUAGUAGUACUGAUUAUUUACAGAGGCACAUGAGAACACAUACAGGCGAACAACCUCAUGAAUGUGAUUUAUGUGGUAAAGGUUUUAGUGAGCGUCGUAAUUUACAGAUUCACAUGAGAACACAUACUGGUGAACAACCUCAUAAAUGUGGUGUAUGCGGUAAAGGGUUUAGUCGCACUGACUAUUUACAGAGGCACACAAACACACAUGAGAAUAUACCUAAUAUAAAUGAUGUGUCCGUAAAACAGUUUAGUGAGCUUGGUAUUUUACAGGUUCACACGAGAACACAUGCAGAUGAUAAACCUCAUAUCGAAGAUGUAAGUGGUUUAUAAAGUGUUUAGUAAACUUUUUAAUUUACAGAUUAACAUGUGAACACAUACCGGUGUUAAAAUCUCGUGAUUGGGACGUGUAUAUAUAGUCAAUAAUGUAUACAUCUUAUUAAUAUACAGAAAAAUGGAAAUACUCACAGGCGAUAUAUCAUACGGUUUUGAUGUAUACUGUAAAGGAUUCGACCAUCGCAGUUAUGUGUAUGUACAUGAGAACGCAUAUCAAUGCUAGUGGAAAAAGUUUCAGUUAUCUUAGAAAUGUACAGAGACACAUGAGAACACAUACAGUCGCUCAAUUUCAUUACUGUGAUGCUAGUGGUAAAAUGUUAAGUUAUCUUAGAAAUGUACAGAGACACAUGAGAACACAUACAGUCGAUAAAUCUCAUUACUGUGAUGCUGGAAGUAAAGAUUUUAGUUAUUUAAAAAUGUGCAGAGACACCUACAGGAGAUAUAUCUCAUUAUUGUGAUGUUGGUGGCUACAGUUUUUUAGUUGUCCUAGAAAUAAACAGGGACACACGAGAACACAUACUGGUGAUAUUUCUCAUUACUGUGAUGUUGAUGGAAAAAGGGUUUUUAGUUAUCUUAUAAAUGUACAGAGACACAUGAGAACACAUACAGGAGAUAUAUCUCAUUUCUCUGAUGUUGAUGGGAAAAGUUUUUCAGUUAUAUUAGAAAUGUGCAGAGAUACACGAGAACACAUACAGUCGAUAAAUUUCAUUACUGUGAUGUUGAUGGUAAAAGUUUAGAUAUUUUAGAAAUGUAAAGAGACACAUAAGAACACAUACAGUGGGUCAAUCUCAUUACUGUGAUGUUGAUGGUAAAAGUUUAGAUAUUUUAGAAAUGUACAGAGACACAUAAGAACACAUACAGUCGACAAAUUUCAUUACUGUGAUGUUGAUAGUAAAAAAUAUAGUUAUAUUAGGAAUGUGCAGAGACAAAUGAGAACACAUGC